AUGCCCAAACGAGCCCCCACAAACCUUGAUCAGUACUGGCACAAGAGCGGAGUCUGUGGCCUGGUUCCCCGCGCAGCACUCCGCACACUCCAGUUCGUUUUCGCCAUCACCGUUGCUGGUCUAUACGGCGUCGAUCUAGCGCGCGCCACGAAAUCCAGCACUAGUGCCCCCACCGAAUGGGUAUACGCCGAGAUCGUUGCCGCCUUAUCAGCCCUGACCUGCAUUAUACACUGCUUUGUGACCGUGGUCCAUGUAGCAUGGUCAGCAUGGGAUGGAGUCCUCUUCGUACUCUGGCUUGCCCAAACAGGCGUCUUCGGAAAUAUAUACACCUCUGGCACGGCGACCCGCGAGUACGAAACGGCCACCUCGUCCCUUCCUCGCAUGCGGGCUGCAGUCUGGAUUGACUUAGUCAAUAUGCUCAUGUGGUUCACGACUUUCAUUCUGGGGAUUGCUUGGUGCUGCCGGACUCGAAAGGUUACCCGUCGCACGGAUGAGCUUGAAAAACUUCAAGGCAGCGCGGCGACGGAUGAUGUCGAUGUUGAGAGUGCUUUGGAUGGGUACAAAAAGGAGCUGGAGGAGUUGGAUGCGAAGCGCGCUGCUAUUGAAAAAUCGAUCAGCGGAACGAAGACUGGAGUGCCCGACGUUGGAAUGGAGAAACGCAGCGAGAAAGAUCUAGAUACCAAGAAGGGCAGAGCUCUAGAGGUCUGA